AUGGGUCAAGCAGGAGUGGGAAGAAAGAAAGGCAGUAAGGCGGUUGUAGACAAUAUGUUCAAGGAGUUUGGAGGCAAAAGGGAGGAGAGAGAUUGGUCUACAGUUGGAGAGGGUGUGUGGAUCAAGGGAGAUGAUCACACUGUUACCUGCAUUCCCAUGACAGCUCCUGAGGCUGAUACCCCAUCAUAUGAUAACACUGAUAUCCUGGUUACUGAAGAACAACUGGAAACAUAUUUAUCUAGCAAACCAGACAUGGUCUUUAGAGACGAUUCAAUUAAAUUUCCAAUGGAAUGUUUACACCGUGCAUUCAGUGAAGGUCACAUUAAGGGAGACCUUUUGAUUGACAUCAGUUAUGGAUCCUUCAUCCAUCAUCUCUAUACACCCAGUGAAUAUUUCAAACAGAUCCUUGUGCUGAAGUGCUCUGAGCAAUGUAUUAUGGAGCUGAACAAAUGGAUUAACACACUGACUGGAGCAUUUGAUUGGUCUCACAUAAUAGAAUAUAUUAAAUGUCUAGAAGGAAACAGUGACCAGUGUCAGGACAAAGACAUGACAUUGAAGACAGAAAUAACAAAGAUCAUGAAAUGUGACAUUGACAAUGAGAAUCUCACAGACCCGGAGGUGCUCCCACCAGCAGACUGUGUCAUCAGUAUAGGGAUGUUGGAUAUCGUCAGCAAAGAUCAAGAUGAUUAUAUAAAUAAUUUCAAAAAAUUUGUGAAGCUACUAAAACCUGAAGGAUACCUGAUAUUGAUAGGGCUUUUAAAUACAACUUUUAUGAUGGUUGGGCAGGACAAGAUACAUGUGUUCAGAUAUGAAGAGAAAUUUGCAAGAAAAGUUCUCACUGAUGAAGGGUUUGUUAUUGAUCACUGUGUAGUCCAGAAAAGAACAAUAGAUAGUGACCUUACUGACUAUGAGGCACUUAUGUUUACGACAGCUCAUAGAGAGUAA